AAGGGGCAAGAAAUACUCUGAACUACCUCAAGCUUUUCCCACAAAUUCUUCUUCCAACUCUUCAAGACACAAAGAAGGUUAUCGCAAAGUCUUUCCCGGCCCUCAUUGGCUUUGCAACCUUUCACUAUGUCAAAACCUCAUAGUGUCAAUGGGAGCGAAUCCGAGUUCGAAUUCAUCGAAACUCCCAAAGCUCCCACUCCUACCUUCGAAAAGUUUGAGGACUGCGGUGUGCCAACUACAUCGUACCCAUCCAUUAAAAAUGCACCUCUCCCCGCGGAUUCGGCUGGUUCUGACACCUUCUCUAAUGUCCUGCUAUUCUCUUUGAUGGGCGGUGUCCCUCUUUGGAUGUCAUGGAAAGUCGGAGGUGGUCUAAAGACUGCUAUAUUCUUCGCCUUGUUCACCAGCAUCCCUAUUCUUGCUGGUUUCUGGCUCACUAUCUCUUCUAUAAGUCCUCGAAGGAACGAGAAAGCCAGAUACCCCGGACGGCCGAUCGAACACUACCUCACUUUCAAGAAGCAAUCUGAUAAGCUCAAGUAUCAUGGCAAGAACAAGAUCCCCCUAGAGACCUUCUACGAAAUGUACUUCGAUGGUGAUGUCGACUUCAACGGUGAUUGCCUCGAAGUUAUGGAAUACAGACAUGAUUGGGCAAGCUUCCGAUUUACCUGGGGUCUCUGCAAGUACUUCUUGUUCGGCAUGAUCCCUGAGGUUAUCAUGCACACUCGGAGUCAAGAUGAGGAACAGGUUCGUGACCAUUACGAUCGUGGUGACGACUUCUACGGGUGGUUUUUGGGCCCACGUAUGAUCUACACUUCUGGUAUUAUUUCGGACAUCAACACCGAGGAGACCUUGGAGCAACUUCAGGACAACAAGCUAGCUAUUGUUUGCGAGAAGAUCGACUUGAAGGAAGGCGAGUCGCUGCUCGAUAUCGGUUGCGGUUGGGGUACCCUCGCACGAUUCGCAAGUGUCAACUACGGUGCCCAUGCUACUGGUGUUACUCUCGGCCGCAACCAAACUGCGUGGGGUAACAAGGCUCUGCGCAACGUUGGCAUUCCUGAGGAACAGAGCAAGAUUCUCUGCAUGGAUUACCGAGAUAUCCCGGUGCCCCAGGGCGGAUACAAGAAGAUCACAUGUCUGGAGAUGGCUGAGCACGUUGGUGUUCGUAAGUUCGGUACCUUCUUGAAGCAGGUCUACGAUAUGCUCGACGAUGAUGGAGUUUUCUUCCUACAGAUUGCUGGUCUUCGAAAGCCUUGGCAAUACGAGGAUCUUAUCUGGGGCUUAUUCAUGAACAAAUAUGUCUUCCCCGGUGCCGACGCGUCAACUCCUCUCGACUUCUUCAUUAGCGGACUGGAAGGUGCCGGGUGGGAAAUCAAGGGACUCGACACGAUCGGUGUGCACUAUUCCGCAACUCUGUGGCGCUGGUAUAGGAACUGGUUGGCCAACCGCGAGAAGGUUGAAGCUAAGUAUGGAAAGAGAUGGUUCCGCAUCUGGGAAUACUUCCUUGCGUCCUCAACUAUCGCUUCUCGACAGGGCACUGCUACUUGCUACCAGAUUGUUCUAGUCAAGAACCUGAACUCGACUCACCGGGUUGAGGGUAUCCCAACCCAGUUCGGUCUAACUGGUGCUCUAAAGAAGGCCGCCUCGAAGAUCGAUUUCGGGGCGUGGGCCAAGAAGAAUGCCGACCAAUUCCCUACUUCGGCUGCCCAGUAAGAAGCAGUAAUUAAAAGAGCCGAUAGCCAGGAGACAAAGUCUACAUUAUGACAGGUGCCACUGGGGAAAGUUGAUGAAGGAGGCAGUACAGCUUUAGGUGGUAAAAGGAGAUGUGUGUAACUUAGCUAUUCAAGUAAUAGGGGUGGUAGUAUAAUGCAGACGAUAAAGUAGUAAAUACGGGGCAAAAGAAUAGCUAAAGCAGACGAACAUAAAUCUACCUGGUCGUCAACUGAUCGCUUAGGUUGAUAUUCAUACAGUACGUAACACAGGUUAAGCCGUGAAUAAAUUUU